GCGACUCCAACCUGAGCGCGACCGUCUUCCGUGAUAAAUUGUCUUACUCAAAACAUAGACAGCGAUAGUUCUAUCCGCACACAAACUCACUCGCCUCUGCAUGGGUUUACUGGCGUUGAGUUGAUCUUACAAUGAGGCAACGUUAGUUGUAUGAAAAGCCACCUCGGUAUGCACCUGAGGUCUCACACUUCGCGUGGGCUAGAUCGACGCCGCUGAGAUGGCCAUGGAACGGACUCGGAUUGCGAAGGUCGAUAAUGUCACCCUGUCGCGCCGGGGUGAACAAGUCCAUGGCACUCUUCAUCUAACACCUCACCAUAUCAUCUUUGUUCACACCCCUCCACCCACAGCUGACAGCAAGCCUGGCCGACCCCGCGAACUGUGGAUCACAUACCCGAUCAUCCAGACCUGCACACUGCGGCCCAGUCCUACUGCAUCUCGACAACCUAGUUCCAUCCGCUUGAAAUGUCGCGACUUCACCUUCGUCUGCUUCUACUUCCAUGACGACCGCAAGGCCAGGGAUGUCUACGAUAGUAUCCGGGCCUGGACGUGUAAAUUGAGUGGAAUCGAGAAGUUGUACGCUUUCACAUACCAACCUCAAGGGCCGGAGAAAGAUGUCACACCUAAUGGUUGGUCGCUGUACGAUCCCAUGCGCGAAUUUAGGAGGAUGGGAAUCGGCGACGAUACGAAAAAGUUGAACUGGCGUAUAUCCAAGAUCAAUCAGGACUAUGGGCUAUCGGAAACUUACCCUGCCCUUCUGGCAGUUCCCGCAUCCAUCUCAGACAACACAUUGAAUUACGCCAGUCGCUUUCGGUCCCGUGAGAGGCUUCCGGCCCUCACAUACCUACACCCCGUCAACAACUGCUCUAUCACACGCUGCUCGCAACCCCGUGUGGGUGUUCGCGGAAAUCGGAGCAUUCAAGACGAAAAGCUUCUAGCGGCCAUUUUUGACACCACUCGUGCCGAACGUCCUCUGUCCGCUUACACCACACCACCAGAACGAGAAGACUCCGGGUCUGCCACCUCGCUCGAUGGAGACCUGCAACCGACAGACACAGAGGCCCUCGAAGAUGCGGUGAUCUCUGAGCUCCGAGGUGAUGCCGAGGGGUCUAAUGUGGCCGACUCCAAUAGGCCUACGGUCUAUGGAGCUCAACAGCGCAACAUGAUUGUGGAUGCCCGUCCCACCUUCAAUGCGUUGGCAAUGCAAGCAGUAGGCAUGGGUUCGGAGGACAUGAGUAACUACAAGUUCGCUACAAAGGUGUACCUGGGCAUCGACAACAUUCACGUCAUGCGAGACAGUUUACAAAAGGUGUUUGAGGCAUUCAAAGAUUCGGACCUGACGCCUCUGGGACCAAACCGCGACUUGCUGCGGAAGAGUGACUGGUUGAAACAUGUCGCUAACAUUCUGGACGGUGCUGGAAUAAUUGCCCGCCAGGUCGGACUCCAGCAUAGCCACGUACUAAUCCAUUGCAGUGACGGGUGGGACCGCACGAGCCAGCUCUCCGCUCUCAGUCAACUCUGUCUUGAUCCGUAUUACCGAACCCUUGAAGGAUUUAUGGUGUUGGUUGAAAAGGACUGGUUGAGCUUCGGGCAUAUGUUCAAACAUCGGUCAGGGUUUCUCAGCUCCGAAAAGUGGUUCCAAGUUGAAAACGAACGUAUCGGCCGAGGAAAUGAUGAUGGCGAAGGGAGAGAACAAACCGGUGGCGGCGCCAUUUCAGGGGCACAGAGGACGUUCGAAAACGCCUUGUCGAGCGCAAGAGGCCUCUUUUCCAACAGCAGACACAACGACUCGAGGGAGUCGAUCAAUGUCGAUUCAGACCCAGAACCUGCCGCGAACAAUGAUCCGGAGCUGCAGGCCGCCAGAAAGAUCGUGUCGAGCACCACAAGAAGGGAAAGGGAGAGAAUGGCGACCAAAGUCAAAGAGACAUCUCCGGUUUUCCAUCAGUUCCUCGACGCCACAUAUCAGCUCUUGUAUCAACAUCCCACGCGCUUCGAAUUCAAUGAACGAUUCCUGCGCCGUCUCCUCUACCAUCUCUAUUCGUGUCAGUAUGGGACAUUCUUGUUGGACAGCGAGAAAGAACGCAAGCAGGCAAAACUGCAUGAGAGGACUAGAAGCGUGUGGGACUAUUUCCUGGCACGUAGGAAGGAAUUUCUGAAUCCGAACUACGACCCGAUCGUGGAUGACAACACUCGAGGCCGCGAAAGACUGAUUUUCCCGCGAAGUGAGGAGGUCAGAUGGUGGCACGAAUUUUUCGGCCGGACGGACGAUGAAAUGAAUGGGAAGCCUACAACCACAACUGCGGCUGCUGCUGCUACCGCCAGUAAGAGUCAAGCUAACGGGACUGGGACCGGCGGGACUGAAACUCAGGAAAUGUGGACCUCUGUCGGGAGAUCCUCUUCUGGCCCAGGGUCGUCUUCGGCGUCCAUGCCCACGUCUAGAGCUAGGACUCCAGUACUUCUGGGCGUCGAGACCAGCGAAGCCAGCGUCGGCUUGACCCCUAAUAAGCUGCAGCAGGAACUGAACGGCAGACCAAGGACUCCACUCCGAAACUCGACCAAGACUGGGGAGGUUGACACCGGUAAUAGCACGCCCGGUGCAGGGUCCCGCAGUUUUGAGUCGAGGUCUCCUUCCCUGAUACCCAAGAACGAAAAUACCGACGAGCAGAAGAAGCCAGUGCUCACCACCAAUCUGGCUCCGGGGCAUGCAAACGAGGAAGAAAAAGAAACGCAAUCGAAAUCGAAAUCGGCGUCCGUUUCCGUGACCAUGGAUCCUGCCAAUGCAGCUGCGGAGAUACAAACUGCUGUGGAUGACGACCAGCAGCGCUCUGACAGUCACGUCAAUGGCGACAACAAUAUAUCAGUUGCAGGCGGAAAGGUACCUACUACACCCCCGCCGCCGCAACAGCAGCAGAAAAACAAUACCACCACCUCACGAGAAUCAGAACCAGUAUCGGCCUCGGCGUCGGCAUCGGUGGAAGACACAUCAGCGGCACGGAUACCUAUUCUUACGCCUACGCUUACACAACAAGCCUUGAACGAGAAGUCUGAACCACUCGAACCCGCCAAUCAGUCUGCCAGUGUCUCUUCUGCACAAAAAACUCACGACAAGGCCUCAGAAGAGGCCACCGCCGUUUCUGAGCCGGUCGCGGGGAUGGAAUCACUGUCCCUCACAGCAGCAGACGACCUUGACCCUCUUGGCAUCGGCGAGGUUAAGGACCAUAUCGCCACUUCCAGACGAGCGCAGCAGAGUGCCGUGGAGAGGGAACGCGAGAGAGAACGGGAGAGAGAGCGCCGACGAGAGCAGUUGGACUCUUUGCUCAAGUAGACUUGAAGCAAGCACGAGAAGCACGAGAUACUAGUACUACUCAGGACCUGAUAAUAGUAGUGGUACUAGCUCUGUACUGUACUGGUAGUAGACCACAAAGAAUUGAAAUGAAACGCAAUGAAAAUGGAACUGUCUGUGCGCACAAACAAAACAUAGUCAUUGUACUUGGGUACUGUGGCAUGGCGUGACUGUGAGAAAACCCG